CGUAAUGUUCAACCUGUGCCUCCCACUACAGCUUGCUUGGUGUUAAGAGUUCUUUGUGGGCUUCUGUUCCAUUUCAAGCCAGCCUUAAAAUGCAGAGACAGCACGUGCGGACAAGAAGUGUGUGUCAACAGACUGCCGCGCUCUUGUGGAAGAAUAUAAUUCUGAAAUGGAGGAUGAGAAUGGAGAGUUUUCAGGAAUGGUUUUCUUCCCUGGUUCUCUUCACUGUGAUACUGUUAUCAACAUUCCAGAUAUUCAAUGAGGGUGUUCAUGAAAUACCUCAUGCUCUCCUUGGGAAACCUUUGUUCAAUAUUACUGGAGUUAAAAUUCUGUAUGCUCCAGAUACUAAGAUGGCAAGAGAAAUAAUGAAGAAGAUAGGAACACUCUCUCCACUAAAAGGUAUUGAGACAGAAGUGAUGGAAGAUGAAAAGGCCAUGGAAGCAGCAUAUGAAAAGGCCGUGGAAGCAGCAUUGGAAAAGGACUGGGAUGCUGUUGGAGUUAUAUUUCAAGACGACAUUUCAUAUCAACUCCGAUUUCCUUUAUAUAAAACAAUUAUCCCAAACAAAGAUCUCGCCAAGAUAGAUACGUGCUUCGACUAUUCCUCACAUUAUUGUGAUCAUCCGACCUACUGGACUCAAGGCUUUGUAUCCCUGCAAUCUAGCAUCGAUAGUGCGCUGAUUGAAUGGAUCACCAACCACUCUGUUUGGGAAGAAAUGACUUCUAUUAAGGGCAUCCGAAUGAGAUCACCUUCUGUUACAAUAGGAAGUGAAUUAGGAAAUGGAGUGUUCCUUUGGGUUUUAUCACUGUGUUUUGCUCCAUUUAUGUACUUCUUGGCACUAGCGGUCUCAAGAGAGAAACGGAAUUUGAAGGAGGUGAUGAAGACUAUGGGACUACAGGAUGCGGCAUUCUGGCUCUCCUGGGGUUUGCUGUAUACUAUGUACAUCUCAGUUCUGUCCAGUGUGCUGACAUUUUCUCUGAAAGCUAUGUAUUUUCACCUCAGCAGCAAUUCUACCUUAUUUCUCCUGUUUUUCCUUUAUGGCAUAUCAUCGAUAUGUCUCUGUUUCAUGUUGAGCUCUCUCUUAAAGAAACCCAGAGUCACUAGCUUGGUUAUCUUCAUUUCCAUUUUUUGUUUUGGAGCCCUCAGCCUUACUACAGCAACCGGGAUGAUGCCUCCAAGUUUGGAAUUGAUCUUGUGCAUCUUCUGCCCAUUUGCUUUUGAUGCUGGGCUGUCAAAGGUUCUCUAUUUUCAGAAAUAUGGAAGAACCUUCGAUUUGUCUGUCUUAAUGUUCGAACCAUAUGGUUAUUUCCUGCUUCUUGACAGCGUUUUAUAUAUGCUGCUGGCUUUCUAUUUUGACAAGGUUGUGCCUGACAAAUAUGGGGUGCCUCAUCCUCCGUUGUUUUUCUUGAAGAAGACCUAUUGGUUUAAAUCAAAAAGCCCCUGGACUGGUGAUGCCCCUUCAACUGAAGGGAGCCCUGGGAGUAUCUUCAGUGACAACGCUGAACCUGUGCCUCCUGAAUUUGAUGGGAAGGAAGCCGUAAGACUAAAUAACAUGAAAAAAAAGUAUAAAACGAAAAGCACAGAAACAGAAGCUUUGAAAGGCUUGUCCUUGGAUAUUUAUGAAGGUCAGAUCACUGCAAUACUUGGUCAUAGCGGAGCUGGAAAAACUACACUGCUAAACAUCCUCAGUGGACUUUCCAAACCAUCUGAUGGUUCUGCAUCCAUAUUCAAGUACAAUGUAUCUGAAAAGGAACACAUGGAAAAGAUUUGGGAAAUAAGUGCUAUAUGUCCACAAUUCAAUAUUCAGUUUGAAUUUUUAACAGUGAAAGAAAACUUAAAGACGUUUGCUAAGAUAAAGGGGAUACCAUCCAAUGCAGUAGAAAAUGAGGUUGAAAAAUUGUUGACCCUCUUGGACAUCAAGGCCAUUCAGAACACCCAGGCUAAUCAUUUAAGUGGUGGACAAAAACGAAAAUUAUCUCUUGGGAUUACAUUUUUAGGAGAACCACAGGUAUUAUUAUUAGAUGAGCCAACUGCUGGACUGGAUCCGUAUUCCAGACACCAAGUGUGGGCUCUCCUGAGCGAACGCAAAGCCAAUCGAGUCAUUUUGUUUGCUACCCAGUUCAUGGACGAAGCUGACAUCCUUUCUGACCGGAAAGCUAUUAUCUCACGUGGCAGGCUGCAGUGUGUUGGUUCGUCUCUGUUCUUGAAGAAAAAAUGGGGCAUUGGCUACCAUUUAAGGAUGCAUACGGAUGAGUUUUGUGACUCUGAAAGAAUAACCUCGCUGGUCAAACACUACAUCCCUGCUGCAGAAAAAUCAGGACAACACGAAAAUGAGCUGAGCUAUACCCUGCCCUUACCAGCCGUGGAUAAGUUUUCAGGUUUGUUCAGUGAUAUGGAUCAUCAGACAGACCUAGGGGUUGUUAAUUAUGGAGUUACCAUGACGACUCUGGAAGAUGUCUUCUUGAAGCUAGAGGGAAAUGAAAACAUGAAGGAAGAAGAUUAUGGAAUUCUUCAUAGUGGGGAAGUGGCAGGAAAGGACGAAAUGGAACAGGAUCUGCUGUUGCUCUCAGAGAUGGGAAAGGCGACGAUGAAAGGCACAGAGCUCUGGAGACAACAAGUUUGUGCUGUUGCAAGAAUGCACUUUCUAAAUCUCAGGAGGGAGAGCAAAAUCUGGAGAGCCCUGCUACUUCUUUCUGCGGCUAUAUUAGCACCUUAUAUCAUUCAGUUUACCAGCUAUGCUGCUUGGUCGAAUCUUCAUUAUGAAGAGAUGCAUCCUGGGCAUUAUUUUGAGCCAGGAAAGCAGUUUUUCAUGGGGACAUCAGGACUUCUGAUCCUUAAUAAUACAGGUGGAAACAUUGAAAAUUUCAUCCAGGGACUGAAGAGUCAGAACAUCCUGAUGGACAUAAUCUCUGGUAACAAUGUCAGUGACCAGCUAGUUCACAAUGGGGCCAUAAAAUUAGACCUUGAAGACAAGAAAUACAGGUUCACACUUAUGUGCCACAUGGAGGUAACUAACUGCUUUCCUGUGCUUGUCAACACCAUCAGCAAUGCAUUUUUGCACAUGUUUAAUUCUACUGCCCAUCUUCGAACCUGGAAUCAUGUACUUAGCCUGUUUAGUUUGACUGAUGACUUUUGGGCUUUUACGGACGUUUACUUGAUUGCGGCCUCAAUUGUAUUACCUGCUUUUCCACCACAAUUUGCAAUGACAAGCAUUCAAGAUUACAUGAUAAGAACUCGCUCUCAGCUGCGGAUCUCAGGACUUUUCCCUUCUGCCUACUGGUGUGGACAAGCUCUGGUGGAUAUGUCCCUGCAUUGCAUUCUACUUGUUUUAGUGCUUUGGCCAUGGUUUUUAAAAUUAGGAGGUGCAGAUCCUCAGAUUAAAACCACCUUGAUUUUCUGCUGGGUGGCAUUUUUCCCUGGCUACAGCAUAUCGAUUGUCUUAUUCCUAUACAUAAUUGCCUUCGUAUUUCGCCAAAAAAAGCAUACAACCAGCUUUUGUUCAAUCAUCUCUAUUUUAGCCAUGUUUCUUUUGUUCACAAUAAGUUUCUUUGCAAGUUUAUAUGGACAUAACUAUACGAGAAGCCUGUUAAAUGUUUUUGUUCCUACGUUUCCGGUUACAAGUUUUAUACUCUCUUUUACAGAGCUGCUGACAGGCUUUCAUUUUGAUGGUGAAAGUGGUGUUUCAAUUCAUAAAGAGCUCUUCAUAUCUUCCUUCAUGCCUUAUUUGCACAGUAUAAUUUUCAUUUUCUUACUGCGUUAUCUGGUGAUGAAAUGUGACCAGACAGUUAUGAGAAGAGAUCCCAUUUUCAGAAUUUCUCCACAAAGGAAAAGAACCCAUCAGAAUCCUGACAAGCUCAGCCAAGAGGACGACAGAGAUGUCCUAAAAGAAAGGGCGAGAGUUCAGAGUGCACUGGCCUCUGUCAAUCAAGAAGAGAAACCAGUUAUCAUUGUCCAUGACUUGCGCAAGGAAUACAAACAUGGGAAGACCUGUUCCUCUUCCUGUUUCACGAAGAAGAAGGAAGAGAAGAAAGUGGCUGCCAGAAACAUCUCCUUUUGUGUUAAAAAAGGGGAAGUUUUCGGGCUUCUGGGACCCAAUGGAGCUGGUAAAAGUACAACAAUUAACAUGUUAAUGGGAGACACGGAGCCAAGCGCAGGAGAGGUACAGAUUAAAGGAGCUGAUGGGGCCGCCACAGAAGAAAAUGCUGGUGGUUUUCUUGGCUACUGUCCUCAGGAGAAUGCUCUCUGGUCCAACCUGACCAUGAAAGAACACCUGGAGAUUUAUGCAGCUGUAAAAGGGAUACGGAAGGAUGCUGCUAUUAUGGCCAUUAAUCGAAUAGCUCGAGCACUAGAACUCCGAGGGCAUUUAAAAAAGACCAUAAAGACUUUAGCAGCUGGAUUAACCAGAAAACUGUGCUUUGCUCUGAGCAUGCUGGGUAACCCCACUGUGAUGCUUUUGGAUGAACCAACCACAGGCCUGGACCCCAAAGGAAAGCACCAGGUGUGGAGAGCAAUGCGCACUGCGCUGCAGGACAGGGACAAAGGAGCCAUUCUGACAACGCACCACAUGGAGGAAGCUGAGGCGGUGUGCGACCGAGUAGCUAUCAUGGUGUCUGGACAGCUCAGGUGCCUUGGUUCAAUUCAGUAUUUGAAAAGCAAAUUUGGGAAAAAUUAUUUGCUGCAAAUAAAAGUAAAGGGAGUAGAACAAGGCGAUCUCGUGAAUACUCAGAUUCUAAAGAUGUUCCCACAAGCAGCUCGUCAAGAAAGGAUAUCCACUUUGUUGGCCUACAAGAUCCCAAUGGAAGAUGCACUGCCUCUCUCCAAAGCCUUUGCCAUGCUAGAGGACGCUAAACAGCGCUUCAGUCUUGAAGAAUACAGCUUUUCUCUGAACACUCUGGAACAGGUAUUCCUAGAACUGUGCAAAGAGCAAGAGCGAGAUUAUUUGGGUUUGGCUCCAAAUGAAACGUCUGCAUGGAAAGAAGUUUAGCCUCAACAACAUAGUUGAACGACUAAUCCAGGACAGAGGCAAGCAGGAUUCCUUCCUCCAGAGAAGACAGAGGGCAGAUGAGGUCGAGCACUCUCUGAAGAACGUUGUGUCUGGAAGCCCCGUGGGGAAAGGACGUGCCCCUUCUGUAGUCUUCUCUCUGCUUAACAAGCAUGCCUAGUGGUCUGUGAGACUAACCUCCAUAUUUAUCAUGCCUAGAGGAAUAACAUUUCACAACUAACAGGAAAAUGAAUGUUUCUGCACUCUUUCGUUUUUCAUGAAAGUACAGUAACUGGAAAUGGAAAUCUGCAUAACAUUUUUAAAAUAUAUUGUUUAUAGCUUAGUACAUACACAUGUACAGAUGGUAUGUUUUUUUCUUAAAAUAGGUUAAUUUCUUAAUUCAGAUCACAGUUCGGUGUAUACCCAGGGUUUACUGGGUAGACAAAUAAGCAACUCCACUCUAAACGCCUAUGGGUCUCUGUCUCCCUCAUCUUCCAUUUUGAUGAAAAGUAAUAGAGCUGACCCAAUUAACCAUUGUACCAGGAGCUAUGAAAUGUCACCACAAGCUGCAUGUCAGACUGCUUCUGUGAAAUGGCUGGAAUAAGGGAAAAUUCUUGCUGAUGAGCAAGCUUUUUUAGUAGGAGAAAGUGUCCCAUGUGCCAUUGUUAAACUAUUAAAUAUCUUACAGAGAAAUACACUAGUCUAUCUAAGGGACUAUUAUAUGUAGGCUUUAUAGAUUUAAAACCAGCCUUUCUCUGUGAUACGACCUGGAAGAAAUUUGAAAAUGAUCUCAAUAGAUUAUUGGUGAUUCCUGUUGAUUAAGCAGCUGUAAGUGGAUGUGCCUGUUCAGAUUAGAUGUAAUCACCAGGUACAUCUUUCAUCCCCUAUCCCAUGGCAGGAAGGAGUUAAGUAAGGCUGCAUCUUAAUAUUGACUUUGUCUAAGUUUUAUCUUUUAUAUCAGAAGUUAUCACAAAAAGAACACCACCCACCUAGUUCGGUGGGUCAGUGAAGAGCAGUUUUGUCAUAUAUAGAUGAUGCUGACAUUCUUUCAUUAGCACCUACUGGGAUGAAGACCAUAUUAUGGGCUUUAGCUCUUCAUUGUAAGGAGGACAGUCUGUCGAUAAAUUACCAGAAGACAAAGGGAGUGUUUUCAAACUACUAAGCACAUACAGAAUUGGUAACCAAAUGGGGACAAAGUUCCUGGAAAACAUGAGUAAAUUUGUAAAAGCACAGUACCUCAGGAAGCUAAGCAGCUAUACUCAGAUAUUUUAGUACUCUUUGGAGAGGGAAUCUUAGUCCAGUUGUUUUACAUGCUUUUGAGAUUUAAAGUUAUAGCUCAGUUUAUGGACUCAAAUUUAUCCAUACAUAGCUACUGAUUUUGGUCCAUUGAUAAUAACACAGACUAAAUUUUUAAGGGAUAUAGUAUCUGGUAUACUUUUAAUUAAGGCAACAGCAUGGGUCUUAUGUCUUAAUUAUUGGAUAAACGUAGUAUUUUCCUCAGACUCCUUAGUACUAAUCCUGACCAAUUCCAUUCACUCUCCCUGGAGAAAAAUUAUAAUACAAAUCUUAGUGAUUGUGGUUGCAAUUUGUAAUUUUUAUGGGGAUUUACAUAGCUAAAAACCCUAAAACAAAGAGCAAGCAAUAUAACGCUGUGAAAAGAUUUGACUUAUUUGCCAUUAUUUUCACCACUGCUGGGCACAAAGAGACCUAUGACUCUGCUUUCUACAUAUUCUGAACUCAGCACAUUAGAAAUGCAUUCACCUUGGUUUCCUAUUGCUGGGGAAAUAUGGCAGAAUCAUACUUCUGGUCAUGUUGCAUGGAGGAAAUCAGAUCCAUUGCAUACAUAUGCCUAAUAUGCCCUCAGUACAAGGCAGAUUACAGCUUUCUUGAGGGAAAAAUCUGCAAUGAUGGAAGUGCAAAGAGAUACAUUUUUCCCAUUAGAUCAGAAAGACUUAAAUACUGAUAAUCAAGCAAGGUUUUGCUCAAUAGCAAAAAAGGAGUUGUAGUUCAUAAGAACACUGAACUCUUUCUAAUGUAUCAUUACUGAAGAAAAUAUGGAAAAUAACUGUCAUUUAAGAAAUAAAUACCAUAUAUGUUAUUGAAA